GUUAGCGUUCUAUAUACAGAUUACAGAAGUAACCCAAGCUACGUGUAGAAAAAGAAGCAGAAUUUAUUUUAGGUGUGAAUUAUCAUAAUGACGUUGUGCUUUGCUUUAUUUAUUUAAUCUUAUGAAAGCGACUCGCACUUUCCAACCUCUGUUAUUAUUUAUUUUUUAUUUUUGGUUCUUUCUGUCUCUUUUUUUUUUUAUUUCUAAAUCUAAUCGGAAUCUUCACCAGUUAAUUUGCUUUGAGUAGAUAAGACUGAACAAGGAUGUGUCAUCUCUGAACCCAACUUCAAGAUUGUCUUCUUUGCAUUUUCUGGUACUUUAAACAAUACUUUGUGGUUGAAGCUCUAAAUAUUAAUAGACCAAUAUUAACAGCAGAUGGGGUCUGAAGGUCCUUCAGCUGCCGUAACAACAGUUCAUAUAACAGGUUUCAAGAAAUUCCAUGGAGUUUCAGAGAAUCCAACAGAAACAAUUGUGAAUAAUUUGACUGAAUAUGUAAAAAAGAAAGGUUUGCCAAAAGGUUUAGUUAUUGGAAGCUGCAGCAUUCUUGAUACUGCUGGACAAGGAGCCCUUAUUCCGCUGUACCAGACAUUGCAAUCUGCCGUUAUUGGCAAGGAGUCUGAAUCUUCAACUUCCAAUAAAAUUAUUUGGCUGCAUUUUGGGGUUAACAGUGGUGCAACAAGGUUCGCAAUAGAGCGUCAAGCUGUCAAUGAGGCUACCUUUCGUUGUCCCGAUGAAUUGGGAUGGAAGCCCCAGAAAGUUCCCAUUGUUCCUUCAGAUGGCCCCAUUUCAAAAGUACGAGAGACUACCCUUCCUGUGGAGGAGAUCACCAAGUCUUUGGCAAAGAAAGGUUAUAAUGUAAUGACAUCUGAUGAUGCAGGAAGGUUUGUGUGCAAUUACGUUUACUAUCAUUCCCUUCGGUUUGCGGAGCAAAACGGAACCAAAUCCCUUUUCGUGCACGUGCCACUCUUCUUUACGAUAAAUGAAGAAAUCCAAAUGCAAUUUGCUGCUUCCUUAUUAGAGGUACUUGCUACAAUAUGUUAGUAACACACAGCUCAUCUAAGUGUUCUGGUGUUACCAUGAAUCAUGAGUGUACAACCUUGAAUGAAAUGUUAUAAACUAUAUGAUUGUUAUAAAUUAUGAUUGUCAUGAUAAUAAAAUAUUGUUAUGAAAUUGAAAUAAAAAGUGGCUACACAUUUGUUUUAGCAAAAUGUUCA